AUGGGUCGUCACGAUACAUACCAAAAACUCAUCUUUUUCUGCUUAUCCAUACUGUUACUUCACAACAUAUUGAAGAAUGUGGAUGGCUUGGCAUGUAACUGGGGAACGCAAGCGAGCCAUCCCAUGCCACCAAACAUAGUGGUGAAGCUCCUCAGGGAAAAUGGGUUCAACAAGGUCAAGCUGUUUGAAGCUGACCCUGGUGCACUUAGAGCCCUUGGUAAAUCCGGUAUUCAGGUCAUGGUCGGUAUCCCCAACGAUCUCUUGGCAACUAUGGCAUCCACUGUUACCAACGCCGAGCUCUGGGUUCAACAAAACGUCUCUCAGUACAUCUCUAAAUAUGGAACUGACAUAAGCGACGGUCUCCCGUCAUCCGGAGAUUUUCGGUCCGACAUCAAAACCCUUAUGGUCUCCAUCGUUCGGUUCCUCGCUGACUCCGUCUCACCCAUUACUUUCAACAUCUACCCUUUUCUCUCUCUCAACGCCGAUCCGAAUUUCCCCAGGGAAUACGCCUUCUUUCCGGACGGAUCAGGCGGCGGCGGACGCGGAGCUAAGCCUGUCGUCGACGGAUCCAUUUCUUACACGAACGUCUUCGACGCUAAUUUCGACACUCUGGUCUCGGCGCUGGAGAAGAACGGAUUCGAUCCGAACAAGGUGGAGAUCAUCGUCGGGGAAGUCGGAUGGCCCACCGACGGCGAUGUAAACGCGAACCCGGCGAUGGCUCAGAGAUUCAACCAGGGCUUGCUGAAUCGUAUCAUUCAAGGACAGGGAACGCCUCGUCGGAAAACGGCGCCGGAAGUUUACAUAUUCUCGCUAGUGGACGAAGACAUCAAGAGCAUCGAUCCGGGGAAAUUCGAGCGACACUGGGGAAUAUUCUCUUACGACGGCGCCGUUAAGUAUCCUCUCAGCCUCGGAAACGGCCGUCAGUUGGUUCCGGCGAAAGGUGUUCGUUACCAGGCACGUGAGUGGUGCGUGCUCUCACCUCAGGCGGCAGGGAACGGUGGCACGUGGACACAGUCCGCCGAUUACGCUUGUCAGCUCGCCGAUUGCACCUCUCUAGGGCCGGGAUCCUCUUGCGCCGCCUUGGACUCCGCCGCGAAUGCCUCCUACGCCUUCAAUAUGUAUUUCCAGAAAAUGGAUCAUCGUCGUGGCUCAUGCGUGUUCAACAAUCUAGGGACUGUUACUAAGAUUGACCCGUCGCGUGGUUCGUGUAGGUUUCCGAUUGAAAUCGACACGAGCAGGCACGAGACGUUGCGGCCGCCGUCGAGGAAUUCCGGUGCACCGGAAGUAAAGUGGAGUACGGUGACAAUGGUGGCGAUGGCUGUUGGCUGUGCGGUGUUAAAUUGA